CAUUUUCAUCCGUAUGUAUUUGGCAAGUUGUUCACAAUGGCGGAUAAAAAAAUAGAAGAAAUCCUGAAAGUGUGUUAUCGUUAAUUCAAGCGUGUUGUUUCGAUAAACUUAGAUUGAAAACACGAACUCGUACAUCGACGAUAGUAUUUCCAAGCGGAAAAUCAACUAUGAAGCGGCUAUGCGAUGAAUAACUCAACAUCGUUUCCACCGUUUGGUUUGUUUAACACAGACGAUUCCAUCGACGAUAGUAUUCCCAAGCGGAAAAUCACCUUUGAAGCAGCUACGCAAUGAACUCAACAACGUUUCCACCGUCGCGUUGGUUCGCUACAUGGCUUAUGUUUUAUGGUGUCGGUAACUUGGUAGAUUAGAGUUUGUUCAGAUGCGGUGCGGAGGUGUCGUGCGGCGCCUCGAGCGCCCGCUAUCCUUAUCUCUUAUCAGCCCUUAUCAGUUAUCAGCCCUCGCGAAAACUGCGACCCAUUUGAUUCGGGAGCGCGAAUGUGGAACAUGAGGAGACUUGUGAUUGUGACCCUGUGUUUUAUUGGAUCUGUGAGAUGUGAAGUGCACGAUCAGCUACGGGAGAAGCUGGUGUGUAUCGAGCACUCCACUUGCGGGGGGUGUCUGGCGGCGGCGGAGCACUGCCGCUGGUGCGCCGACCCCUACUUCAGCACCGCCCGCCCCCGCUGUGACGACGACCAGAGCCUUGUAGCGAGCGGCUGCAGCCAGGAGGCGAUCCAGCGGCCCGACAAGCCGGUGUGGGAGGUGGCGGAGAACAGCUCCCUGCAGGAUGUUGAGCCGGACCGCCUGCAAGCUGUGCAGAUACAGCCGCAGAGGAUCAAGCUGUCGCUGAAACCGCGUGAGACUAAGAAGAUCAACUUCUCGUUCCGGGCGGCCCGGAACUAUCCCCUAGACCUGUACUAUCUCAUGGAUCUCACGUGGUCCAUGAAGGACGACAAGGAAACUCUCGUAUCUCUUCGUGACGAUCUCCCGUCCAUGCUGAAAAAUCUCACUGAUAACUUUAGAUUAGGGUUCGGCAGUUUUGCUGAGAAGCCCAUAAUGCCGUUCAUCAGCACGGACGCGCGGCGGCUCGCCAACCCGUGCACGGUGGAGGAGGAGGCCUGCGAAUCCACUUACAGCUACAAACAUCACCUGUCGCUUACUAACGAGGUAAGCAAGUUCAUAGAGAAGGUGAACAGUAGCUCCGUGACGGCGAACUUGGACAACGCUGAGGCUCAGUUGGACGCGCUGGUGCAAGCAGUCACUUGUGGCACAGCGGUGGGGUGGUCGCCACACAGCCGCAAGAUCGUCAUACUACUGUCGGACGGGCUGAUGCAUACGGCUGGUGAUGGGAAGUUAGGAGGUGCAUCUUUGAAGAACGAUGAAACCUGUCAUCUCGAUGAAAACGGCUACUACUCCGAGUCAAGUAAAUAUGACUAUCCGUCCGUCGCACAAGUGUACAGGCUUCUAGAUAAGCAUAAGGUAAACGUAAUUUUUGCUGUAACGCAAGGUGUGAAAGGCCAUUAUGACAGUUUACAUAAGCUACUCAACGACUACACUUACGUAGCGAAGUUGGAGAGUGACAGUUCGAAUAUACUGAAGUUAGUCAAAAUGGGGUACGAAGACUUUGUCAGUGUUGUCAGUUUCGAGGAUGAUUUGAAUUCGGAAUUCAUUAAGAUAAAGUAUUUCACUGACUGCGGCGUCAAAGGUGGCUCGCUGACUGAAGCAAAACGAUGCACCGGCGUGGAAUAUGGCAUGACGCUAAAUUUCGAAGCCCAUAUCAGUUUGGAGUCUUGUCCGGAGUACAAAAAGUCGCGCCAAACGAUCACGAUAUCGGAGAGCCAAUUGGGUCAAGAUGCUCUGACCCUGGAGGUGGAAGUCCAGUGCGGGUGUCACUGUGACGCCGGUGACGCGAAGUCUGACGCAGCUCUGACGUGCCCGUCCAACUCACAUCUGACAUGCGGCGUCUGUGAGUGCAAUAAGGGCUGGUCAGGUCCUCAAUGCGACUGCUCCAUAGAGGACGAAGCGGCGUCCGCGGCGCUGGCGUCGCAGUGCCGGAUGCCCAACACCACGCACACACAUGCCUGUUCCGGUGCUGGGGAGUGUGUAUGCGGCGUCUGCGAGUGCGACCCCGGGUUCAAUGGGCGGUACUGCCAGUGUAAACGCUGCGAACUCAGCUUGGAGAACAACCAGGAGUGCGGUGGUGUGGGUCGCGGGGUAUGCGUGUGCGGGCAGUGCGCGUGCGCAGCGGGCUGGAGCGGCGCCGCGUGCGACUGCACCGGCAACACCGACACCUGCAAGCCGCCGGGCUCCGACGACGUCUGCUCCGGCCACGGGGACUGUGUAUGUGGUCGUUGCCAAUGCUCAGCCCUAGAAGGCGAGACGGUGUACUCCGGCGUGUUCUGUGAGACCUGUGCGACCUGCGAGAACCCGCUCUGUGCGAACGCCGAGCCGUGUGUGUCGUGCCACCUCAGCAACAACUGCACAGAUCUGUGCACAAUCGGCAACAUGAACUACACAGUCAGCGAGAAGUAUAAUGCAGAAAGUCAAAGCGACGACACCUCCUGCAUUUUUAGAAGAGCCGAAAAUGGGUACGAAUGUGAAUACGGAUACACCUACAAGGCGGGAGUGCAGUCCAUGAUAGCCAUGGAAAUAGUCAUCCGAUCCAAAGAGUGUUUUCAGCCUACCAGUGCCAAAAUAAUGUUUAGCAGUAUAGUGAUUAUGGUGUGUAUUAUAGCGGGUGGCAUCAUUAUUAUUUUAGCGAUAAAAUGUGCACAGAUCGUUUCGGACAAACGCGCAUACGCAAAAUUCCUCCAAGAGGCGCAAGAGAGCAGGAAGAAUAUGCAAGAAAUGAAUCCACUGUACAUAUCGCCAAUCUCAGAAUUUAGGUUACCUGAUGCUUACCCUAGAGAAGCGUAUUAAAGUGUGAAUAAUGGAAAAGAAAGUUGAUCUAAAAUAGCGGUCUCAGCGUAGCGAGCGAGGCGAGCGACAAAACGACCGCCAUUUUAGAAUCAUACUAUCAUACUCUAUGAUAAUAAUAUGUGAGUGUAAGCUUUGUUUAAAGAAAUAAUAUUUAUAUAUUAAAACCACCGUUACCAGUACCUAUAUGACAAAUAAGUGUUCAGUAUGAGAUAUAUUUAUGAAUGUUUGAUUCACUGUUGUGUAUGAAAGUACUUAAUUUUUAUGAAUACUUUUGCUAGUCUUUUUGAAAAUAGUACCUAAUUCUUAUGAUAUAUUUUAUGAUUAUUAGGAUAAGUUAAAAUAUUCGUAUGAACUUUUACAAACGGGAUCACAAAAUUAUUGUAUUGCUGUGUAUAACUUUAAACCAUAAAAUGAUUUUGGAAAUAAAUAAAUAAUUUUACAUAACUACAGGCCAGUAAAAUUUGACUGAAAGUAUGAGCUCUCAACUAUACAAUCAAGCUGACGCCCAGUAACUGGGGUUUUUGUCAGGAGUUUAUCUUUUUAAUAUAGUAACUGAUUGGUUAGAAUUUAGAUAUACCACUCACAAAAUACCUCCAAAUUCAUUAAUCGUUAAUUUAAUAGUCAAACCAUGUUUUUCAUCUUGAUUCUUAAUUAUUACCGCUAAUUUUGUACUUAAAGUGUUCUUAUAUUUAAA